GCACGCCACGCGCCGCAUAAAUCGAUUACGACUGCAGAGAUGCGCGCAUCGCUGCUCAUUUUCACCGUCUAUCACUCUGCCGGCGCUUACUUGCAGCCGCGCCGCCCACAGAGACCGCUAAGCCGCCUUGCUCUCACACCACUCGAGAGAGCAAUCGCUGGCAACGACGUCGACGCCGUCGUGGACGUGCUCGAAGACGACGUACCAUGCGACCGCGCGCUGGCAAUAGCAGCACUCGACAAAGCCGCAGCGGUGACUCCCGACAGCAGCGACGGCGAACAGUUCGCGGCAGCGUUCGAGGAAGCGAGGCUCGUUCGUGCGUACCAGGCGCUGCGGCGGCGUGGACUGGCGCCGUCCUUCGGGAUAGCGAUCGACGAGCCCUUUCCGCUGUCGCAAGGCGCGUCCGAGGAAGAGAUCGCGCGGGAGGCCGGUGACCUCACGCUCGCCGCGUUCAGACCAAAGGACGGCGCGGGACGGAUGUUCGCGAUCCUUGGUGUCAUCGUCUGCGGAGCCGAGAUUGCCGCGGCGAAGGCGCUCGGCCUCGACUCGCCGCAGCCGUUGUUUCUCGCCACCGCGGGACUCGCCGCCGUCGAUACCUUUGCCCUCAAAGGCGCACUCGCGGAGACGCUGGCAUCUGCGGCAGACAAUACGUACUCCGAGCGAAUUGUCCGCCACGAAGCGGGCCACUUGCUAUUGGCAUAUCUCUGCGGCCUUCCGGUGCAGGGCUGCGUCCUCUCUGCGAGAGAGGCGCUCGCCGGGGAAGGCUCCGGCGCCGCGUCAUUGAACGGUGCGGCCGGUACGGCGUUCUUCGACCCGGAGCUCAACGCCGCCGCGCGCCGCGGCCGCAUCACGCGGUCCGUGAUCGACCGCUACUGUAUUGUAGUUAUGGGCGGCAUCGCCGCGGAAGCCGUCUCGUACGGCUCGGCCGAAGGCGGCAAGGACGACGAGUCCGCCCUAAUCAGCUUCCUUCAGGACACGGUCGGAUUUACUGGUGACGUACUCGUGCAAGCGCGGAUGUCCGCUUUGAAUGGAGUGAUCCUCCUGCGGCGGUACCGGGCCGAAUUCGAGCGGCUCGUGAAGGUCCUCGAACGCGACCGCGCGACGUCCAUUGGCGCCGCGGUGCUGAGCAUCGACGACGCCGCCGCGUGAAGGCAGUUUGGUAGUUGUUGUGGUAACUUGUUGGUUUCCUUG